AUGUCACGGCUGGUCGAGCUGCUGUUUGUGGGACGAGGAAAGCAGAGAGGACAGGAGAAGCACAAAAUAUGCAUCAGUAGAAGAUACAUCACUCUUAAUUACAGACUUGGAGAUGAUGCCAUUCUCCCCUGUGACAACACACCCCCUUUGGACUCAACAUGCUCCAUCAUUAGCUGGUUUCACAGCCGAGACCUACCUUGGACUACAGAGGUGGUUCACAAUGGAAACAUCAUUGAGAAAGCAGCCCAAGCCGCCAGGCUGAGUCUGUACAGUAACUGCUUCCUGGGCAUCAAAAGCAUCACUUUGAAGGACUCUGGUGUUUACUACUGUCGGCCUGGGGACAACAAUACACUGCUUACAACUGUGUAUCUAAAUAUUCUGACAACUGCUCACUGGCUUUACAGCAGAGAUCGAUCUGGGACUGCUGCCAUAGUUUACAAUGGGGCCAUCGAGAAGAACUCAUCCCGAGCUGCCCGGCUCAGUCUGCACAGUAAAUGCCACCUGGGCAUCCAGAACAUCACUGCUGAGGACGCUGGUGGUUACUGCUGUCGGCCUGUUUCAGCAUCUCAGAAACUAAAUGGGGAUGGAGACUUCACAUUAAAGUGCUCUCUGUUCAGAUACUCUGACCUCCAUCCUUGUGAAGAGAACAGCAUCCGCUGGCUGGACGAGACGGGAAAGGUGCUGCUUGACAGAGGAAACAGAAGCAUCAGACAGACCAGCAGCAGAGAAAAGCCUCAUAACGUUUGCGCGCUGACAGAACGGCACAGAAUGGUCCUGCUUACAUUUAUUCUAAUUCUUGUGCUUCAGUGUGAAGUGGGGGUCAGUAAAACCAAACACGUCUUGUAUCUAACACCUGGAAAUGAUGUCAUUAUGCCCUGUGACAAUGUGCCUGAUACAUGCUCCAUGGUUGUCUGGGCUUACAGCAAACACGGGUCUCAGACAAUAAAUAUGGUUCAAAAUGGAAUUGUUGAGAAGAACUCAGCUCAAGCUGCCAGACUGAGUCUGCACAGUAACUGCUCACUGAGUAUUAACAACAUCACUGCAGAGGAUGCUGGUCAAUACUUAUGUCGGCCUGAGGGGAACGCUCUUCAGGACACAACUGUGGACCUAAAUAUUUUAACCAUUUCAGCAUUUCCAUCAGACGCUGAUCCAAAGGAGGAUGGAAACGUCACGUUAGAGUGCUCUCUGUUUAGAUACUAUACUAUCUCUCCUUGUAAACAAAACAGUAUGCGUUGGGUGGAUGAGACAGGAAGUGUGCUGUGGGACAGAGAUGUCAAGAACACUGGACACACGUGUGCUUCUCUUCUGACUGUGAAGCUUCAGAGUGGCAACAAGAAAAGAUACACCUGCCAGUUUGAAGAUAACAAUACUGUGAAGAUAGAAGCUCACUACCCACCUGUCCUCAUAGAUUCCACCCCAAACAAGGCUUUCAUCAUCAUUGGUGCUGUGAUGCUGGUGCUGGUGGUUGCCGUCAUCGCUGCUGUUUUCAUCAAAUACAGGAGGCGUGCUAAAGUGACAGAGGACCCCACCCAACCCAAACAUAAUGAGGAAAUACUUCAAGGAGUCUUGGGCCAGUUGAUCUCGGAUGAGCCAGAGAGCAGCAUCACCUAUGCUACUAUUGACCACACUGAUCAAAAUGCCUCACUGAGGAAAACUAUUAAAAAGGAGGAAGCGGUGACUUAUUCUGCAGUGAAGACAAAGGUAGAAAGUGACCCCAGCGGCUUCUACAGUAACAUCAGCUAAACUUACCAAAAAUAAAUCAGAGGAAAUAAAACUUCUCAUAAUGCCACUGCUUUUAUUUAAGCUUGCUGUUGUCAGAGAUAAACAUAACCC